AUGCCACCAAAAUCGCGUCUAUCGUCUCGAGACUUGGUGGAACAAGAGGGGAGGAUCCAACUCGCGAUCUCUGCUUUAAAAAACAACGAAAUCCCAAGUGUUCGUCGUGCAGCGGAGGUUUUUAAUGUGCCUAAAUCUACACUUCAUGACCGACUGACUGGCCACCAUUUUCGAAUCGAACAACGUGCCAAUGGCCACAGGCUAUCUCAAACUCAGGAAGAUGCUUUGAUACAAUGGAUACUAUCUAGGGAUUCACGUGGAGUACCUCCUAGGCCUUCCCAUGUACAGGAGAUGGCUAAUAUUAUUCUUCGAACCGAUAAUCCAACUGGAUACACACCUAUAGGCAAGAACUGGGUAUCAGCCCUUAUCAAACGCCGUGACGAGAUCAGAAGUCAAUUUGCACGAAAAUAUAAUUACGAGCGAGCGAAAUGUGAGGAUCCUAAGGUUAUACAACAGUGGUUUGAGCAACUACAGAAGGUUCGAUUACAAUAUGGUAUCCUAGAUGAGGAUAUCUUCAACUUUGACGAAACGGGCUUUGCAAUGGGCGUAAUAGCUACUACUAAGGUAGUAUCUAGGUCCAAUAUGCCUGGAAAACCUCAUCUUAUUCAACCAGGCAAUCGGGAAUGGGUGACAACAAUCGAGUGUAUCAAUUCAAGUGGUUGGAGUCUUCCUUCAUGCAUUAUCUUCAAAGGAAAGGUCCAUAUUGAAGGAUGGUUUGAAGAAGGCCUUCUACCAAGUGAUUGGAGGAUUGAAAUCAGUCAGAAUGGUUGGACAACAGAUGAGAUAGGCCUCCGGUGGCUUCAAAAGCUAUCUGCAUGCCUCUCAUUCUUCUCAUCUCUACAGCCUCUUGAUGUUGGUUGUUUUGGUCCCUUAAAGCGGGCGUAUGGAGGUCUUGUGGAGUCAAAGAUGCGCCUUGGAUUCAACCAUAUUGACAAGCUUGACUUUCUAAAGGCCUAUCCUAUAGCUCGCCAGGAAGUCUUUAAAGCUCAGAACAUUCAAAACGGCUUCGCUGCAGCUGGUAUCUAUCCUUUUGAUCCACAGAGGGUGCUUGAUAAGCUUAAUAUUAAGCUAUCUACUCCUACCCCCCCAGGAAGCCGUAGCGGGCACUCUACAAGCUCCUCAACGCUAGCUACACCUCAUACAAUCCGUCAACUACAUAAGCAGGCUUCCUCAGUCAAGAAGCUACUCAAAAAGGGUUCUCAAAGUCCUUCAACACCUUCAAAACGGGCGCUACAGCAGAUAAUAAAGGGUUGUGAGAUAGCUCUAUACAACGCUGCUAUUCUAGCACAGGAAAACCACGAUCUCCGUAUGGCAAACGAGAAAGAGAAGCAGAAACGAGGGCGAUCAAGGCGCCAGAUGUCUCCUAAUCAAGGCCUUUCUGUACAGGAAGCGAGAGAUCUCAUACACCAGAGAAACGAGCAAGGAGAUGAGAUACAGGAGAUAGCUAUGGGUUCUGCAUCUCUACCUUCCAACGCGCCAAGACGUGCUCCACCAACAUGUUCUAAUUGCCAUAUUCAGGGACAUAUUAGAACUGGUUGUCCUACACGUCUAAAUAUAUAG